CGGCCCAGCGCCGCGCCGCGCCGGGAGAGAAGCAGCUGUUCCCAACAGCUGGGGGGCGGCGGCGCCGGGCGCCCCAGGUGCGGCCGCGGCCAAUCGCAGGCGUCCGGCCCGCCCCCUCCCCAGCCGGGCGCCGACCCCCGGCCCGCGGGGGAAGGGAGCAGAAAGGGGGAGAGCCGUCCUCGCCACUUGUCUUCCAGCUUCCGCGGCGGCAGGGACGGAGCGUCUACCGCAGCCGAGCGGAGUCGCCCACCCCCGGCCCUACCGCCGCGCCCACCCACCCUCCUCCGCGCCCGGCCGCGCCGCCCGCCGACCCUACCCACGCCCCACCCGAGACACCUAAUUGCUAAGCAAGAAAAAUCUACCUCUACACGCACCCCGUUCUUCGCUGGAGGACCACCCUCUCUUGUCAUUUUUUGGCCUCCCCGCCGGGUGAGUGGAAGCCGCCUGCACAUUCUAUUGAACCGGAUCCUAACCCAGACGAUCCGGAGAAUUUGUACCGUGACCGGCAGGGGGGGCGGGAGGAGAGAGGCAAGUCAAGUCUCCGGGGCUGCUGGCGACUUCGGCAGCCGCGCGCCCGGCGCCCUCGGCCGCCCCCGGCCGCCCGCCCCCGCCGCGCCGCCGCCCUCGCCCCCGGACGCGCCCCCGGCCCCCGGCGGCCGCGAGAGGGUGCAGGAGACGCGGAGCCGGCGGAGGAGGCGCAGCCGCAGCCGCAGCCGCAGCCGGAGCCCGAGCCGCGGGGCGGGCGCGAAGAUGCACACGACUCAGAAGGACACGACGUACACCAAGAUCUUCGUCGGGGGGCUGCCCUACCACACCACCGACGCCAGCCUGCGCAAGUACUUCGAGGUUUUCGGCGAGAUCGAGGAGGCGGUGGUCAUCACCGACCGGCAGACGGGCAAGUCGCGGGGCUACGGAUUUGUCACCAUGGCUGACCGGGCUGCUGCGGAAAGAGCCUGCAAGGAUCCCAACCCCAUAAUUGAUGGCAGGAAGGCCAAUGUGAACCUGGCAUACUUGGGAGCAAAACCAAGGAUCAUGCAACCAGGUUUUGCCUUUGGUGUUCAACAACUUCAUCCAGCCCUUAUACAAAGACCUUUUGGGAUACCUGCCCACUAUGUGUAUCCACAGGCUUUUGUGCAGCCUGGAGUGGUCAUUCCACACGUCCAGCCGACUGCAGCUGCUGCCUCCACCACACCUUACAUUGAUUACACUGGAGCUGCGUAUGCACAAUACUCUGCCGCAGCUGCUGCCGCCGCCGCCGCCGCCGCCUAUGACCAGUACCCCUACGCGGCCUCUCCAGCUGCUGCAGGCUACGUCACCGCCGGCGGCUACGGCUACGCUGUGCAGCAGCCACUCACCGCCGCGGCACCCGGGACCGCUGCCGCCGCCGCCGCAGCCGCCGCCGCCGCCGCAGCCUUUGGCCAGUAUCAGCCUCAGCAGCUGCAAACAGACCGAAUGCAAUAGACCAGCCAUCUGAUCAAAGUUGAAUGGUUUUCUCUUUCCCUCCCAAUUUCCCAAUUUUUAGUAGCUAAUAAGAGUUAACAUUAACAGCUUUAAAAAAAAAAAAAAAGCUAUGCUUUGUGAAGCAGAAUUAUUGUUAUUUUUAUACUCCAGUAGUGUUCUAGAUGAGAAAGAGGUGAGAGAGAGGGGAGUGGGCGCAGUUUUGGAAACCAAUCCCAAAGAGCCUGAGGAAAUGAAAGGCCGCUAGGAAAGGAUGGCGGAAGUAACAAUGGAACUUCACUUUUAUAAUGGGAUUUUUAUUUUUGCUCUUUUUAUAGUAUCAGGGAAGCAAACUGCCUUUUACAAGUUAGAAAAUGCUAUUUGAAUCUUGUCGAACCAGGGAAUACAGAGUGAGCAAUACAUAGCUUGAAUUUCAUUUAAAAGCAGAUUUUUUUUUUUUUU